UCUGCACCCAAACCCUAAUUUUUCUAAAAAGUAAAACCCCCGCCUCUCCCAUGGCCGCCGCCUCGCCGCCGCCCUCCCCGCCCCAUCCAAAGCGCCCCAAGAUGUCCUCCUCCUCCGACCCCGAGCCGGAGCCCACCUCGCUGUCUGCUGUCGGCGCCGAUCCCGGGCAGCCUCGCCGGCGCUACAAGCGCCGCAAGGUGGCCAUCAUCCUGGCAUACUGCGGCGCGGGAUAUCAGGGUAUGCAGAAGAAUCCGGGCGCGCGCACCAUCGAGGGCGAUCUCGAGGAGGCGCUCUACCAGGCGGGCGCCGUCCCCGAGGCCGACCGUGCCGCGCCCGCCCGAUACGAGUGGGCACGCGCAGCGCGCACCGAUAAGGGCGUGAGCGCCGCCGCGCAAGUUGUCUCCGGACGCUUCUACGUCGACCCGCCGGGAUUCAUUGACCGCCUGAAUGCGAAGCUCGCGCCACAGAUCCGGGCCUUUGGCUACGUGCGCGUCACCAACUCCUUCAGCGCUAAGAAGUUCUGCGACCGCCGGAGGUAUGUGUACCUGCUCCCCGUCUUGGCGCUCGACCCCAGCGCACACCCCGACCGCGAAGCUGUCAAGGCAAGCGCGGGGAGUGAGAACCAACUUGCGAAGUGCGUGGAGUGCUCCGAGAGGGGGAGGAAAGUGCCAGAUAUUAUGGGCCGGGAGGGGAAGUUGCCUGACUCUGAGGAGAACAAGGUUCUUGAUACAUCCGGAGAGGAAACUGUGGCUGCUCAUGGAGAACUACGAUCAAAUGGGGAAGCAAAACCUUUUCCAACAAGCUCUGUUACUGGGACUUGCGAUGGUGAGACUAGGCUGGGAUGUGAUGUAAUGAUUGAUAUAGCGAGCUCUGAUAAUGGAACAGAAGCUCAAAAUUCUGAACUGGAAUCAAUUGGGUCAGGAAAAUGUGAUAUUGAACCUGCUGAAGCUGUACCAACCAGCGCCAGUGAGACCAUCUUUUCUGAUUCAACUGUAGGUUCAGUCGAUGUUGUUGCUUCAGUUGUAGCUGAGAAGGGGAAUAAUUUUGAGCCUGCAGAUAGUGAAAAGGAGAGAAUGCAAGCUACAAAUAUUCAGAAGGAAAAUGGGGAAGGAAGUCCCCUUCUGAAAAACACAUUUGCUUACACUGAUGAAGUUAAAGAGAAAUUCAAUAGGAUCCUCAAGCAUUAUGUUGGAACCCGCAAUUUCCACAACUUCACCACAAGAACCAAGGCUGAGGAUCCUGCAGCCAAGAGGUACAUCAUUUCCUUCACUGCCAAUAGUGUCGUUAGCCUGGAUGGGAUUGAUUUUGUCAGAUGCGAGGUUGUCGGGCAGAGUUUCAUGCUUCAUCAGAUCCGUAAGAUGGUUGGCCUUGCCGUCGCAGUGAUGAGGAACUGUGCACCUGAGUCAAUCUAUGAUGUUGCCUUCCGCAAGGAUAUCAGACUUAAUGUGCCUACCGCACCUGAGGUUGGACUGCACCUGGAUGAAUGCAUGUUUGCCUCGUAUAACUCAAAAUGGAUGGAUACACAUGAGGCAGUUUCAAUUGAACCCUAUGCCGAGGAGGCUGAAGAGUUCAAGAUCAAGUACAUCUUUCCUCAUAUUGCUGCAAUGGAACACAAGGAGGGAGCUGUAGCACUCUGGUUGCACUCAUUGAACAGCAGGAACUAUCCAGAUUUCCGCUACAUGGAGACUGCUGGAUCUGAGGCAAAGGUUAGGGCUGAAGUUGAGAAUAUGGAAGAAGCGCAAAUGCCAAGCACUAAUAUAAGCGAGUAACUACUUGCAAGGAACAUGCAAGAUCGAUGGAUAUUUCUGAUUGUCCUGUUCACCUGGAGAGUUGAAACAUUGCAUGGAAUAAAGACUGAAGAGAAAGGGUUGCUGCUUUUGUCCUGCAGAUAUCAAAAUGGUCGAAAGCAUGGUUAUCUGCUUCAGUGUUUCCUUGAGGUAAUAUCUGCUACGGUGGAGAUCAGUUUCCUGGAUUAGACAUUUUUAUGUUGAUUGAUAUAAUCUAUGUAACACUUUGAGACAGUUUUGGGACGAAUUAUGCCACCUAGAAAAUACUUUAUUGAGUCCAGCAUGCAGCUUAAUACCGGGUUCUAUAUUGUAUGGCUUAGACCUGAAAUAUGCUGUUUCUAGUCUUUAAUUAUUUUCAGGUUA